AUGCUAUUUACAACUUUUAUAAUUCCUACCUUUUUGAUAUUGAACACAUUCGAAUUCUCUGUUAGUCUCCCAGUUGAUUAUUCUCGAAAUUUACUCUUAAGGCAACUACUCAACUUUCAACUACCAAAAGAUUCAAGUUUUCAAUCUGUUAGUAGUUUAUCUGCUACUGCAUGGAAUCCAACAUUGUCUGCUUUAUUUUGGACACAAUGGUCCAAAUGGAAAUGGUGUUCACCUGAUAAACACUGUACACUGGAUAACAAAACAAUAACUAAUGAGAAUAUUAUAUAUCGUACACGAAUAUGUCGAUUUCAAUCAAUGAAUGAUCAUUUAUUAUGGUCACAAACAAUGAUCAAAGGUGUUAAAUUAACAAGUGAUAUGAUUCCUUGCUCAGAAGAAGGUUCAAUUGAAAAAGAUAUUCAGAAAUGUUCAGAUAUACACCAAUGCAUUAGUGAUAAUUCUCCUAGAAAUUAUUCUGUCAAUGAACAGCCUAGUUCGUUAAUUAAAGCAACUUCAUCUAAUUGUGAAGGGGCCGGUUGUGAUUUUAAAGAUAACACAAAAAUUUCAAUUGCUACAGAGGCAUCGCGAACUAUGGGAAGAUAUAUUAAACACAAUCAAAUUUGGGGACCAUGGAUUGCUCUACAGCAGUGUUCAACAAUCAUUCCUACAAUCGAUGAGCUUCCAGAAGAAUAUCCUUGGGAAUCGAUGUUAAAUUUUAGUAGAACACCAGCUGGACGGAGAUGCGAGCCAGGAUUACAGCUACAAAUGAGAAAGUUGUUAAAUCAGUCAGUUGUUAGGAACAAGUUGGAAAACAUUCAAAGUGAAGAGAAUUUAUCAUCGUUACCAAUGACAUUUACAACAACAACAAUCAGUGAAACACGUAAAGUUCACUGUUGGAUUAAUGAAGCCUGUCCAAUAUCAGAUGUGAAAGUGGAACCACCAAUCACAUGCGUUUUUCAGGCUAUCUUUCGUAGUCCAUCUGUACAAGUUAAAUGGCGUAGAACACCAUAUGGUCGUAUGCCAUCACAUUUUGAAGUACAUGUUUUAGAUCUUAUAAAUUCUGUUCAUUAUAGAAAAUCUGAACUUUAUGUAGAACAAAUUAAGUUGAAUAAACUUGAUCCAUGGGGUGAGAAUUAUGUAACGGAAAUAUUUGGAUUAAAAAUUGGUCAACCAUAUGAAAUAAGUAUCGCAUCUGCUGAUGAAAUGGGCAAUAUAUACUUUUCUAAAAUCUGUGAAGCGAUUGUUAUCAUUGGAGCUGGUGAUGGUUCUUGGUCUAAUUGGUCUUAUUGGAGCAAUUGCAAUUCAAAAUGUUCAUCAAAAUUAGGCAUACGAAGUCGAUAUCGAAAGUGUAAUUCACCUACACCGAGAAAUGGUGGUCGAAUGUGUCCUGGUCCUGAGCAAAUGAACAUUGAAUGUUUUGGAACAAAUAUCAAUUGUUAA